UUAUUAUCUUUGUUUAAUUAUUUCAAGAAUUCAAUUCCAUACCUAUAUAAAUAUACAUAUGGAGACAUCAGAUCAAACACUAAUUUAAGCUACAUCGAUCCCUGCAUCUUCGAUCAUCUUUAUUAGCAAUUUCGACCUCUUAUUCUAUACUGCCAAUAACAUGGAACAACGCCAGUUACAGCCUCCCACCAGCAAUGUUUAUGAACAGGUUAAUAGUCCUCAUCAAGAAGAUCUGCUCCGCCGGAAGGAGAAGCGCAAGAAAUUACUCGUAUGGGUAGUCCUCUUCUUCGUAAUUCAGUGUCUGGUAAUCGUAUUCUUUGCCGCUGUGUACAUGAAGGUCAAGCCGCCCAAAUUCCGGCUCCGCUCAGCCACACUCCAUGGCUUCGUUUCUUCUCCGAAUAAUUCCUCGUUCCGAGGGACACUGAAUGGUACAAUGGGAGUGAAGAAUCCAAAUUUCGGGUCUUUCAAGUACCCAAACAGCUCAGUUCAGUUCUUUUAUUUGGGGUCUUAUCUUGUCGGGGAGGCCCAUGUGGUAGGUUCCAAGGCUGGGAUUAAAUCUACCAAGAAAGUCAACUUUCAGGUCAACCUGUUGUCAGACCAUAUCACUGCUACCGACCAUAAGCAGCGCCUUCAGAGCGAUCUGAACUCCGAGAACUUGACGUUGACCGUGCGGUCAACGUUGAAGGGAAGGGUUAAGUUAAUGUUCGGCAUGAUGAAGAAGAAGAAAAGCAGUGAAAUGGAUUGCACCCUCACCAUUGAUUCCAGCAACAAAGCAAUCCGAGAGUUCAAAUGCAAAUAGCAGCAUUUGAACUGAUGAUAAUAGUAUGUGCUUGAUGAUGAUGAUUUUGUUUUUAUUUUUAUACAUACUGUAUUUCUUGUUAUUAUUUUCUUCUCUGUUCGAUCAAUCCGUGCAUGCCUGUUAUCCAUAUCAUUUGUUUUCAGUGUGUAUGUAAUUCUUGCAUGAUAAUAAAAAUUUCAUAUUUUGGUUUUUAUUGAGUA